AUGACUUCUGAAAACCCAACCAUUGCCUGGCUCCUCAAGUCAGAUGUCGCGAUACAAUGGCAAGUAAUGCGAGACCUUCUCGAUGCGCCUGAAGCAGAAUGGUCCCCCGUGAGAAGCAGAGUCGAACACGAAGGAUGGGGAAAAGAGCUUCUGUCUCACCAGGACGAAGACGGGCGAUGGGCAGGCGGUUGCUUCGUCCCGCCAGAUACAACCCGCGAGGAAUGGCAGUCCGCGCAACCAUGGACAGCGACAUACCCAUCUCUCAGCCAGCUUAGAGAGUUUGGGCUGGACCCAGAAUCCGCGAGAACAAAAAAGACAGUACACUUAAUUGGGAAAAGUGCGCAGUGGGAUGAGGGCAACCAACCCUUCUGGGAGGGGGAAGUCGAAGAGUGUAUCAACGGCCAGACAGUUGCGAAUGGCGCAUACUUCGGCGUCGAUGUAUCCGGUAUUGUGAAUCGUCUGCUGGGAGAGCGUCAAGAAGACGGCGGCUGGAACUGCGAGAGGGCAGAAGGCUCAGUUCGCUCAUCCUUCGCAACGACAAUCAACGUCCUGGAGGGGUUUCUCGAGUAUGAAAGAACGACGGGGAACGCUGAAGUCAGGAAGGCUCGCAAGUCUGCGGAGGAAUAUCUCCUGAAGCGUCAUUUGUUUAAGCGCCUCACGACGGGGGAGCCUGCUGAUGAGCAGUUUUUGAAGUUGCUGUAUCCGACGCGAUGGCGGUAUGAUGUGCUGCGUGCGUUGGAUUACUUCCGGGCUGCGUCUAGGGUUACUGGUGAUACGCCUGAUGGUCGUUUGAAGGAGGCGGUUGAGGUUGUUCGUUCGAAGAGGCGUGAUGAUGGAACUUGGGCGGCGGAGUGGGAAGUCAAGGGUAGAGUUUGGUUUAGGGUUGAUGAAGGUGUGGGAACGGCGUCGCCUUGGAUUACGCUUCGUGCGUUGAGGGUGUUGAAGUGGUGGGAUGAGAAUAACUAG